AUGUACGGCGACCUCGCUCUCCAGCUCGUAACAGCCUCCCAUCGCUCCACACUCUCCACCACCCCUCAACUUCCAUUACCCAAAUACGCCCUCCCCCUCAUCCUCUCCAUCUGCCUCGAAUGUCGUCAGCUCGGCACCUCCAUCCAGACCGCCGCAGAAGCCCACGGCCCCGUCUCGCUCUCGCAGGACCGGUCCCUCGUAUGCAACCUCACAGUUCAGCAUCUAUCGGCCCGGCGGAAUAAGCGGUGUCUCCUCGCAUACCUUCAAACGCGAGUAGGGGGUAUCAAAGAACGGUGGUGGGAUGCCGGCGGGGGAUUGGCGUACCUCCUCACUGCGCCAGCUACGACGGCGGCGGGGAAUGGGACGGGGGAGGGAACGGCGAGCGGGAUGGAGACGGAGGUGCCGGAUCUGAGGUCGGCGUUGUCGCCACAGGAGAUGGACUUUCUGAAGGGGUACAACAAUCUUUUGUUGGACUACAAGCAGGAGUUUCUGGACGUGCUGGAUCUCACGGCGGGGAUCGAUCGGCCGCCGGGAGAGUUGAUGGUGGAUGUGAGGGUGGUGAGGGAUGCGGGGGAGGUGGUAUUGGAGGGAGGGGAAAGGGUGGACUUUAGGAAGGGGGAGAGGUUUAGGCUUGAACGGAGUGGGGUGGAGAGGUUGAUCGUGCAGGGGUUCUUGGAGGAGGUGUAG